GUCCCACCCGAGCUAGAGACGCAGAGACGAGUCGCAAACGCGGUUGGUAGGGCCAUGUCAUGGCAGAGACGCAGACUUUCGAGUUUUUCCCCCAGUCGUUGCGCAGCUUCUUCCGGGCGGUGCAGAACGUCAGCAAGCUGGGGAAGGAUGCAGCUUUGAUCUUCCGCCAAGGGGAGCUUGGGCUCCGGGGCGCCGACGAUGCUCACGUGACUGUGCUGCACUUUGUGUUCAGCGGGAAACUCUUCCGAAGCUCACACAGCAGCAAGGAGACCAAGGUCGUUGUUACUGCCAGGCAGCUUUUGAUGCCUGUGACGGGUGCACAACAGAAGUCCGAAGGAGGACUGCGCAUCAGACUUUGUGGGCCACGAAUUUUCUUGGAGUUUGCCAGUCGCGGUGGCUUGUUCGUUUCUCAUGGAGUGCCUUUGUUGGAGACGUUGCCUUUCCUUCCAGACGAACCCGUUGCAGGGCCACAUGCUGCGGCCUUAGCUCCGAGUUUGCUGGCUCGAGUGAUGCUGCACUGUGUACCAAAACGGAGUGGUGGUAGUGAGGAAGUCACACUGGGCGCAGCCCCGUCGGAGGGCUUGCGUGUGAAGAGUGAAGAUUUGACGAGUACACGAGAAGAAGGAUCUCAUCGUACUGAAGUCCUUUUGCAGAUGUCAGACUUAGAGGCAUGUAGCUUGGAUCCCACUGCUGCUUUGGAGGUGAGAUUUCCAGGGAGGGGCUUGCGUGAUUUUGCACAUGCUUGCGAGUACUUCGCACGAGACCUAGACAGCCUGGGGGUUAUGUGUGGAUCUGCCUUGCUGGAACUUCGAUUUGGCGAAGAUUCGGGUUCUGUGGUUUGUAGUUUUGCAGUGGCUUCCAUGGGCUCUGCCGUCCCCGUGGAAGACUUCCGGGCCGUUUUUAUGGUAUGCAUCCGAGAGGCAACCACCGUGAUGAGUGCCACACCACAACCGCCAACGGCAUCGCCCCAGACUAAACGUCCACAGCGCCAGGGAGCCAAACGUCGCGCGAUAGAAGUGCCACAAGUGCAACAAGUGCGUCCUCCCGACGACUUCGAUGAGUUUGAUGCGUUCCCAGAAUCCUCGAGUUCCCAACCUCGAGUACCUCAGGCUUCACAUGUCAUCGACCUCACCCAGGUUCGUCCCACUCAACCCACAACUCAAACGACAGAACCUACAGAGCCUGCACGGUCCCAGUUGCAGCUUUUUACUGCAGAGCAAAAAGCACAGAUUCUUCAUUCGCAGCCACGAAGGGAUGCACCUCCUGUGCCGCCAUUUCUGCAGCCAUCACCAACACCGCCAGAGCCCGCCACACAGCGACUUGUGCCUCCAGUAGCAGCACAGGUGCCCAACGGAAUUGCACCGGUGCCCAAUGGAACAGCAGCUCCACAUGUGACAAGGCCAAAUGCGCUGCCAAAUAGAACAGCUGUGUCGGUUCCGAAUGGAGCGUCUUCUCAGCCCACCGGCCUUUGGUGGCAAGGCCGUGCAGCUGCACCGGUUGUGAUGGCUACUUUGUCACCCCAACCCCACACCGCCGGCCCUGCCUUGGCGUCUCAUCUCGAUGCCUUCGACAGUGAUGAUGAGCUCAUCGGCGCAGAUCCAGAUGAAAUCGCCUUCGCUCGAGGGGAUCAAGAGGAAGAAGCUCCGGAUUGGUUCGAUUGUGAAAGGCUUUGGUGAAUUGUCGUGAGACAAUAUGUUUCACUUGACUCAUUUAGUUCGAGCCCCUGGGGCAAGGGCUUGUGCCGCGAGGAAAAUCGAGUUGUGGAAGCAUUGAGGUCAGAAGAGGGUCAGCCAUUCGUGAUCCACCUCCAGCUUGCUCUGAGGCUUGCUCUGAAC